AUGAGCUUUGAGGAUAAUAUAGUUGAAGCAAAUUAGGAUAAUUAUUUUUUUGAUCAUUUGUUUACUGUUACUAAAUUUAACUUUAUGUAGGAUAGUUAAAAUUAAACUAUUAUUAUUACUAUUAUUAAUAUGAAGAGGUCAUAUUUGAUAGAAUUUAUUAAUUUGGAGCAUUUUACUAUUAAUAUUGAGGAGGAUAAUAUUAAGGAUUUUAAUAGGUAGGCUAUUAAUGCUGAGGAGGAAAAUAUUGCUAAGGGUUAGGAUUGCUUUAAGGUUAAUUAGAUUGAUUAAUAUUUAUAAUCGAUUCUGAUUCCUAGGGUAAUUUAAAUUUAUUUUUAUUCCAAAAAGAUUUUUUUUCAAUAUGUUUAAGUGUUUCAUUCAAAUCACCAUUAUAUUUUAAUAAGAUUUUAGCUACUUUAGCUUGAUUGUCAUAUCCAAGAGAGCAAAAAUGCUGAAUUUUCGGUCCUAAGUUGUUUUCUUAGAUUGCUGGUUGAAGUAAUUAAAGUGCAAUUUUAUAUUUUUAAAGUUUUUACGCUAUUUUUAAGUCUUUCUUUUCUUAAAAGUAGCUUCCCAUUAAAUUAUUUCUUUUUUAUUUUAAGUCCUCUUUUUGUUUUUUAUCUUGCUGCUUCUACAUAAGAAUUUAGAUAGCCAUUUAUACAUUUCCCUCAGAUUUAGUUAAAGCUUUAUAAUUAGCUUUUGGAUCACAAAAUCCUUAGUUAAUUAAUUACUAAUUUUGAUAAUCAAACCCAUUAGUAUGCAUAUUAUUGUUGGCCCUUUAAUUUUAACGAUGUCUUAUUUUUUCCAUAAGAGAAGACAUUUUUAUUUAUUUGCAAAGUUGUGUAUGUUAUUGUUUUUUAUACAGCUUUCUGCUUAUAAAAAAUCUUGUUUUGUUAGAAUUUUUUUUAAUAUAAAUUAUUAUUUUGA